AUGUCCUCGACACCCGACGCGCCGCGUCCGGUGAUUGCGAAGCGGCAUCACCCACCCCAGUACCUCGCACCGGGUCAGCACCUCAAGGUCGCCUCACGCAAGCCGGCUCAAAAGCUGGGGAACGCGGCAGGGGGCGACGCGUUCACCGGCGGGCCGCCGCGCGACCCAUGGGAGGACUUUGACGAAAACAGAGAGGAGCCAUGCCCCUCGUCGGCCGGUCACUCUGGCUCACAACGGCACCAACACACUACCACCGGCGGCGGCCACCCAUACUCGGGUCGAGUCAGCGUGUCACGCAGCACUGAGCGCACGUCGCCGCACAGCAAGGAGGGCAGUGUUAGUGGCUUGGCAGUGCCGCCGAAGGCAGCCCCACCCACCGACAGCCAGACUGCAGCCGGUGACGAGGGUAUCGACCGCGGUGCAGCCGUCAGCAGCGACGAAGAUGACCACUACUACACCAUCACAUCAGAGCCACCGAAGCUGUCGGCGGCUGAGCGGGCGAAGCAGGUGCUCGAGGCGCAGCACCGCGCUCUGGAAGCGAAGCAGCUGAAGGCACUCACGCAGCAAGGGGUGGCGCGUCGGCCCGCGACGCUGGUGCGCAAUCGCCAUGGCAGGCUCAACGCGAUCGCUGCACAGCCAGUAUCCAUGGCUGCAGAAGAGAGCGGGUCCGCGCUGCUCAUCGCCGCUGCUCCAGCCAGCGCAAGCGUUCAGCCGGAGAAGAGCCACGUGCGCUCCUCGAAGGCGCCGGAAGCGCGAACGGUGCCGUCAGCGCCACGGGGCGGUGAAGGCGGUUCUGAUGGUGCGGUCGACUCUCCUCGAGACUCCCAUGACGACCUUGUCGACUCGUGUCCCUCGACGACGAUUCAGGCGACGACUGGUUCUCUGGAGAUCGACCUGGACUGA